UGCGUGCGAAGAGCUCGACAUGUCAUUCAGAGGAAUCCGCCACCUGAAAAGCGAGGAAGUGAAGGCGACUCAAGUGAGUAUAAAGCAUCAGUCCAACAUCUGGAGCGAGCAGAACAUCAGGCCGAACCGGAGCGCUCCAUCUGGAUUUACCACAGCCGGUGCACCUCCUUUCUGCGCCCGGACUGAAUGAGAGCCAAUACUGGAAUUAACUGACAUCUUCAGUGUUUCAGGCGCACCUGUUACCUGCACGGAGCGCGCGGUCAUGAUCCCUCCCGGAGACUGCAUGUACGCGGGCAGGAAGAGGAGGAAGCCCAUCCAGAAACAAAAGCCGACCUCAGCCAAUGAGAAAACCAACCCGUCCAAGCGGCACCGGGACCGGCUGAACGCCGAGUUGGACCGGCUGGCCAGCCUGCUGCCUUUCCCACCUGAUGUCAUCUCCAAACUGGACAAGCUGUCAGUGCUGCGCCUCGCCGUGUCCUACCUCCGCGUCAAGAGUUUCUUCCAAGCGAGCCAAGACAAGACCUCCAGGAAGCUUGUUGUCAAUGCACCAGCGUCUAGUCCAGAGUCCAGGAAAGAGAGCCUUCUGCUGUGUAGCACCUUCAGUGAAAACAGCCUCCUCCUGGAGUCUCUGACAGGCUUUGCGUUGGUGGUGAGCAGUGAUGGAAUGGUCUUUUAUGCCUCCUCCACCAUUGUGGACUACCUGGGAUUUCAUCAGACUGAUGUGAUGCACCAGAACGUGUUUGAUUACAUCCACAUAGAUGACCGUCAGGAGUUCAGACACCAGCUCCACUGGGCCAUGUGUCCUCCACAGCCACAGGGGGCAGCAGCACACCAAGACAGCCAUGUAGCUCCAGGGUCUGGUGAGGACUUUGUAGUGAGCAGCCUGUUCCAUUCUUCAGAUGCAGGUGGAAUUCCUCCUGAGUUCUCCUGUUUCCUCAACAGAUGUUUCAUAGCGAGAGUGCGCUGUCUGUUGGACAGCACCUCUGGAUUUCUGACUAUGCAGUUUCAGGGCCGGUUGAAGUUCCUCCAUGGGCAGAAAAAGAAGUCAGCUUCCGGCACACUGCUACCUCCCCAGCUGGCACUAUUCUGUGUAGCUGUACCCCUCCUGCUGCCGUCCAUUACCGAAAUGAAAAUGAAGAACAUGUUAAUGCGUGGAAAGAGUAAGGCAGGAGGAGGAGGGAUUGUCUCUGCACUCGAGCAUGGUGAGCGAGGAGAACACCUCCACAGACACUCAUUCAAUGGAGACCCGCUCUUCUCCUGCCCAACUCCUGGAAGUAACAAGAGAAGUCACCAUACUCCCUGGACCCCACUCACCAAAGACAACCUUAAGUACUGUCCUGAUGGUUACUACAGCCAGGAUGAGCCACUCAACUACUGCAAGUCCUCCAUGGCAUCCCACAAAGGUCUCAGUCCAGGUCUGAGCGGUGCUUGGCCUGUGCGUCCCAGUUCAGGGCCACUUAGACAUGGCCAAGGUGUUGGUUACAUCCCCUCCAACCGCUUGAAUAAAGUGGGCCAAUAUGGAAAGCCAUACCGCCUUACCCCCAAUUGCCACAGCGGCAGAGGUGGUGAGGUGUUUGUCUCCAAGCUGUAUGGGAAUCUUCAGAUCCCUACAGAUCCAGAUUACUGUGUGGACCUGGUGAAGAGUGAGAAUGGCUAUGGCGAAUGCUACGACAGCCAUCUGAUGCAUGAGAUGCUGCCUAUCAAGGUAGAGCAUGACUCAGACUCAGAGAACGCCUGCAUUGCCUACGGCAGACCCUGGGUUUGCCAUGAACCUGAACCAAUGGACCGUCAUUAUGGGAAUGGGGUAUAUGACCAGACUUCCAGCUUGCAGCUGAAAUCUGAAGCGGAUUACUAUGAUCCACAGUACUCACCCUGUCAGCGAGGGAAAGCAGGUAUCAGCCCACUGUACAAUAACAGUAACUAUCAGACCUAUGCAACUAGCAACAGCGGAAACCCCAGUGGACGACUGUUAAAGUGCGACAGAGACUUGUGUGGUGUCAGUGACAGCCAUUUUAGUCCUCAGAGACUCUCACACUCGGAUUCUCUAUGCAGCAACCAACCUGUUAACCACAUGGACUCACAUGUCUUUCCAGGAGCUGCACAGGAUCCUCACAAGGCCUACAUGCACCAAGACUACAACAAGCACAGCAUUUAUGGGUUUAAAGGUCACGGCCUGAUACAUUCAAUCAAGCGGGAGCCUAUGGACUCUCCGCCGUGGUCUGAAAGUGGUCAUAACAUGAGCCACUCCAUGAUGGUUGGUCCAAGGAACGUUAUGCCCUCUGUGAUGAGCUCUGGACAUCACAAGCCCAGCCCCUACAUUUAUAUGCAGUAAGAGUGAUUGGCGCAUCACCUUAAAUAUACACAGAUGCACAGAUAAUUACCUACCCCGUAGUACUUUGUACUGCUAUCCUUUUGUACACGUGUACCAGCAUUUCAAAAGUACUCUUUAAAUCUGCAAAUUCACAGGAACAUUAAAAGUGCUUCUUCAUUCUGAAGAUGUCACAGUUGAGGCUCAGGUUCAACUAAUCUUGUUGUGACAAUCAAAAAUAAUUUAACUCAUGGAUAGAUGUGUUUGUUUUAAUGAAUACACUUUGUAGUUGGUUGCAAGCACUUUUGGCUUUAUCGAUAAUGAGACUUGUGUUGAAACACAGGAUUUUUGAUUUUGAUUUUGAUUUUUUGCAUUGUGCACUCAUGGCUUUUGUAGGAGGUUUUUGUUUGUUUUUAACUUUUAGGAAGGUUGUACAGAGGAAAUGACUAACACCCAUGACUAUGCUUUUUCGAGGUACACGGGUGAAAACAUGUUAAAGAGUCAAUGGCAACAAUGCAUAUUUAAUGGCACACAUUAAAAAUAAAUCGUCUUCCUCUAACAUUACUGCCUCAAGUAAUGUAGAAAUGUAAACUAAUGGAUUGUCUUCAUUUUGACAAAUCAACUUGCAGAAACUUGAAACUUAUUUGUAAUUUGUUCUUAAAAAAGCUCCUGAAUUUAAAAUUAUUUACACUGUGGUAUCUAAUAUUGAGGAGUAGCUGCAGGUUUUUAAAUGCAAAAAAACCCCACCAAAUUUACAUCACAUUAUUCACAUCAUCCAUCCAUUCUUUAGAGUUUGUCUUCUUAAUAGGUUUCCACCACGGCCAAAUUUCUCAAUGCUAAAUGAUCAUUUCUAUUGCUACUUAACCUAAUCAUUUGACCCGUUAGUUUGUAAAAUGCAACAAAUUAACUUUUUAAUGCCUGAUACAAUUUCUUAUGUGUUGUUUUGUGUGUUUGGUAGUUCAAAACAGUGGAUAAACAAGUGAAGCAACAAAUCCUCAAAUUAGAGAAGCUGGAAUUGUAAUAAUAGAAGUGAAUAAUCAAAAGUGUGGUCCAUUAAACUGCUGUCAGUUCACUAAUCAACUAAUUAAACAAUCAUGUCAGCUCUGCUUUUUAACAGAGUUACAAAUCUUUAGAUAUUGGCUAUUCAGCAAGAACACUUUUGAAAAUACAGGUAGGUCCUGCUUGGCACUACAGAAUCUUUUGGAACAUUAUCAAGAUCUCAGAGACUAAACAAUCCCGUCAUUAUUAUUGGAGGUUUGGAGCCCUAUUUUUUUUUUUUU